CUUCCUCUUCCUCAGUUCUUCUUCCGCAUCCAACUGUUCCCGUGUCCCUUUCUUUGUGUCUAGAACAUUGUGUCUGGCAGAAUUAUAUCUCACAAGGACUGUGCUUCCGCCUGUGAUUUAAGCUUCUGCAGGGGCUUUGGCGACGCUGAACCGAGGUGAUUUACGCUGCAUCCCUGCAACCGUCAGCAUGGUCUUCUUUCCGCCGUCCUGGGUCCCAAAGCUUCCCAGCCCUCCAGACUCGGUGCCAGUAUGGCAGUUCAUGCUGGACGACGCCUACGGGCGCCAUCCCCUGAAAUCCUCGCGGAAUCCCUUUACCUGCGGCAUAUCAGGGAGGACUUUCACUGCGGUGGAGAUGGUCGAGCGGACUGAUCGUCUGGCACGAGCUCUGUCGAAGGAAUUCGGAUGGCAGCCAAACCAAGGAACAGAAUGGGAUAAAGUAGCGGGGAUCUUUGCCCUGAACACUGUCGAUUCUAUGACUCUGGCAUAUGCCGUCCACCGUCUGGAUGGCCUCGUGAGUCCGGCAAAUGCUGCGUAUUCAGCUUCGGAGCUUGAGUUUCAAUUGAAAAAUUCUGGAGCCAAGGCCCUUUUUACAUGUAUGCCCCUCCUCGAAACUUCGCUGCAAGCUGCAAAAGGUGCAGGAAUCCCGAACAAUCGAAUUUACAUCCUGGAGAUGCCCAAAGAGUUUUCCGGGGAUAAGUCGGUUCCGUUUAAAACGGUUGGGCAAUUGAUUGCGGAGGGCGAGAAGCUUCCUCAGCUUGCGAAGCAGAAAUGGGAGAAGGGACAGGGAGCGCGACAAACUGCAUAUCUCUGCUACUCGAGUGGGACGUCUGGGUUACCGAAAGGAGUUAUGAUAAGCCAUCACAAUGUCAUCUCAAACGUGGUGCAGAUCAAAACUUUCGAACAACCUAUGCGAGAUGCUCGACCACCAGAGAAGAAGACUGAAGUAGCACUGGCCCUCUUACCCCUAAGCCAUAUAUAUGGACUGGUUGUGAUUGCCCAAGCUAGCAGUUAUCGAGGUGAUGCUUGCAUCAUCCUUCCAAAGUUUGAGCUGCAAUCAUAUUUGAAUGCCAUCCAAACUCAUAAGAUCCAAACUUUGUACCUGGUUCCUCCGAUUAUUAUCCUGAUGGCUAAAAGCAAUCAAGCUUGCUCAAAAUACGAUCUGAGCAGUGUGAAUGGGAUCUUCACGGGAGCUGCACCACUCGGUGCAGAGACUGCUGAAGAACUUCAGAAACUGUAUCCCUCCUGGAAGAUUCGUCAAGGUUACGGCUUGACAGAGACCUGCACUGUCGUCUGUUCCAGCCCGGAGACCGACAUCUGGUUUGGGAGCAGUGGGUCUCUCCUCCCCGGCUACAAAGCAAAGAUCAUGUCACUGGAAGGCGUUGAGAUUACCGGCUACAAUCAGCCAGGAGAACUGGUUGUCCAAUCUCCAUCUGUUGUCUUGGGAUAUCUGAACAAUCCCAAAGCCAAUAAGGAAACCUUCCUCGAUGACACAGAUGGUAACGGGAGAUGGAUGCGAACUGGUGAUGAAGCGGAGAUUCGCAAAGCUCCUUCAGGGAAUGAGCAUGUCUUCAUUGUUGAUCGGAUUAAGGAGUUGAUCAAAGUCAAGGGUCUCCAAGUCGCGCCCGCGGAACUUGAAGCGCAUCUCCUCACUCACCCUGCGGUGGCAGACUGUGCUGUUAUCUCUGCUCCCGACGAUGCAGCAGGUGAAGUUCCCAAGGCCUUUGUAGUGAAAUCCUCAUCAGUUGGAAUUGAAGACAACGAUCGGAUGGUCGCAAAAGAGAUUGCCAAACAUGUGCAGGACCACAAAGCGAGGCACAAGUGGUUGAAGGGUGGCGUUGAGUUUAUCGAUGUGAUUCCCAAGAGUCCUAGUGGGAAGAUUUUGAGACGCUUAUUAAGAGAUAAGGAUAAGGAGUCUCGAAGGAAGAAGGGAGCCAAACUAAUGUCGUCCUCCCACAACCCCCACCAAAAUGAAGAGGAGGAGGAAGAACCUGCCAUGCUCUCCGCCGACGAAGCAGCAGAAGAAUACGCAGAUGGAGACGGUGACGCAGCCAUGGAUUCCGGCUCCGACGCAGAUCCCAACGAAGACGAAAUCAUGGAAGAAAUCGCCCUGCAAAACGACUCCUCCGCCCAUUUCGACCUGCACAAAGACAGCAUCUUCACCAUCGCGCAGCACCCGCUCCUCCCCAUCAUAGUCGCCACCGGCGGCUCAGAAGGCGAAGAUCUGGGUGGGAUUGGGUAUAUCUUCGACUCCACGCCUGCUGAAGACGCGAGUCCUGUGCUACCCGAAGGGUGGAGGAGUGAGCCUGGCGAGAGAGUAGAGAGGAAGGGGUUGGAGAAGAUUUUCACUUUGGAAGGGCAUAGCGAUUCGAUUAAUGCUUUAACUUUUACGCUUCCGAACGGGGAGUUCCUGCUCUCAGGAGGCUUGGAUGGACGGCUACGAGCCUUUGCUCAGCAAUCGAAAGAUGGCAAGAAAUGGGCAUUUGUAGCUGAAGCGCAGGAAGUUGAGGAAAUCAAUUGGCUUGCUGCGUGUCCGAAUCCAGGGGUUGCGAAUACGGUGGCGCUGGGUGCGAAUGAUGGGUCUGUGUGGGUUUAUACUGUGGAUAAGGACAGCAAGGACGCCCCGUUGCAGAUCGUGCAGAGCUACUUUUUGCAUACGGAGGCUUGUACGGCGGGGGCUUGGAGCGCGGAUGGGAAAUUGCUGGCGACGGUUAGUGAGGAUGGGAGUUUGUACGUUUGGGAUGUUUUUGGGGAGGGGGCUGCUGCUGGUUUAACUCAAGGUGAAGGCGGUGCGUAUGUGGUUGGUCUUACAGCUCUGGAUCAGCGAUUCGCAGUCGAAGGAGGAUUAUUCAGUGUUGCGGUUGCACCUACCGGAGCGUUCGUGGUUGUUGGUGGAGCGGGAGGCGCGAUCAAAGUCGUUGGAUUACCUCGAUUAGGCACUGAUGCUUCUGGCUCUGCUCCGGUUGGAAGAGCUGGAGCUGGCGCGUCGUCGAAAGGCAAAGGUGGGAAGCAAGCUGGUGGGAAGGCGGCAGGAAGCGCGGCGUCUGCUGGUCAAGCGGGCCAAAUACUUGCAGAUUUACAAGCGCAGACUGACGGCAUCGAGACACUGGCGUUCGCUCCUCCGCCUCUCACCCUCCUGGCUGCAGGAAGUGUAGAUGGCAGUAUCGCGCUCUUCGACUCCGCACACCGCUUUGCAGUCCGACGGCAUAUUAAGGAAGCACAUGAAGAUUACUCGGUGGUGAAAGUAGAGUUCGUCAAGAACUCGAGGACAGGAGGGUGGCUAUUAACGAGUUGCGGCAUGGAUGGCGUGGUUCGGAGGUGGGAUACACGGGGCGGAACCGGGAUAGCGAACUCAGGCUUCGUGAGAGAGUGGAAAGGACACAGAGGUGAUGGGGAAGGAGGUGGUGUGCUAGGAUUCGUCGAAGGAGAUGGCACGAGGAUUGUGACAGCUGGGGAUGAUGGUAUAAGUUUAGUAUUUGAGGCACCGAUUGCUUAAUGCGGAAAAGAAAAGCUUUUGCAUUAUGGAGUUGGGAUGUAUAGACAGUCGAUUCAUAUAUGAAUGCAAUACCCAUUAAGAAGAACCUUC